AUGGAGAAAAUAACAUACAGAGAAAUUGGCUUGUCAGAAGUCAGAGCAAGAUUUUGGCGGAUCCAGGGAUAAAUCCCAAACCUCAUAACUCCUUAAGCAGUCUUUAGUUCAUUGAUUAUGCAGCCUAGUGUAAUAAACUGGAAUGAAGUUAGAAAAUACAAAUAUGGUCACCUAUCAGAGUCUGCAUCCCAAUAUCAAGCAUCUAGUGCUUUUUGCAUGGCCCAAAGGGGCCCUGUGCUGCUCCACUGCAGAGGAAACUUCAAGAAAUGCUGGUUUGCUACAGUGUUUUAGCUUGUGAGAGUCUCUGGGACCUUCCCUGCUCCAUCAUGGGGUCACCUCUAGGUCAUUUUACCUGGGACAAAUACCUAAAAGAAACAUGUUCAGUCCCAGCGCCUGUCCAUUGCUUCAAGCAGUCCUACACACCUCCAAGCAACGAGUUCAAGAUCAGCAUGAAAUUGGAAGCACAGGACCCCAGGAACACCACAUCCACAUGUAUUGCCACAGUAGUUGGACUGACAGGUGCCCGCCUCCGCCUGCGCCUUGAUGGUAGUGACAACAAGAAUGACUUCUGGCGGCUGGUUGACUCAGCUGAAAUCCAGCCUGUUGGGAACUGUGAGAAGAAUGGGGGUAUGCUUCAGCCACCUCUGGGAUUUCGGCUGAAUGCCUCCUCUUGGCCCAUGUUCCUUUUGAAGACGCUAAAUGGAGCAGAGAUGGCUCCCAUCAGGAUUUUCCACAAGGAGCCACCAUCACCUUCCCACAACUUCUUCAAAAUGGGAAUGAAGCUGGAAGCUGUAGACAGGAAGAAUCCUCAUUUCAUUUGUCCAGCCACUAUAGGGGAGGUUCGGGGCUCAGAGGUGCUUGUCACUUUUGAUGGGUGGCGAGGAGCCUUUGAUUACUGGUGCCGCUUCGACUCCCGGGACAUCUUUCCUGUGGGCUGGUGUUCUUUGACUGGAGACAAUCUACAGCCUCCUGGCACCAAAGUUGUGAUUCCAAAGAAUCCCUUCCCUGCGUCUGAUGUGAACACUGAGAAGUCCAGCAUCCACAGCAGCACCAAAACUGUCUUGGAGCAUCAACCAGGGCAGAGGGGGCGUAAACCAGGAAAGAAGCGGGGUCGAACACCCAAGACCCUUAUUUCCCAUCCCAUCUCUACCCCAUCCAAGUCAGCUGAAUCUUUGAAAUUCCCAAAGAAGAGGGGUCCCAAACCUGGCAGUAAGAGGAAACCUCGGACUUUGCUGAGCCCACCACCCACCUCACCAACAACCAGCACCCCUGAACCGGAUACCAGCACUGUUCCCCAAGAUGCUGCCACCAUCCCCAGCUCAGCCAUGCAGGCCCCCACAGUUUGUAUCUACUUGAACAAGAAUGGCAGCCCAGGCCCUCACUUAGAUAAGAAGAAGAUCCAACAGCUCCCUGACCAUUUUGGGCCAGCCCGUGCCUCUGUGGUAUUGCAGCAGGCUGUCCAGGCAUGCAUCGACUGUGCUUAUCACCAGAAAACUGUCUUCAGCUUCCUCAAACAGGGCCACGGUGGUGAGGUCAUCUCAGCCGUGUUUGACCGAGAACAGCACACCCUCAACCUCCCAGCAGUCAACAGCAUCACCUAUGUCCUCCGCUUCCUGGAGAAGCUCUGCCACAACCUUCAUAGUGACAAUCUGUUUGGCAACCAGCCCUUUACACAGACUCACUUAUCACUCACUGCCACAGAGUACAGCCACAGCCACGACAGGUACCUACCAGGUGAAACCUUUGUCUUGGGGAAUAGUCUGGCCCGGUCCUUGGCACCACGCACAGAUUCAAUGGACUCUACGUUGAAUCCUACCAACCUUGUCAGUACCUCCCAGAAUCUUCGAACUUCUGGGUACCGGCCCUUGCUUCCCUCCUGUGGCCUCCCACAGAGCACUGCCUCAGCUGUGCGCAGGCUAUGCUCCAGGGGAGUGUUAAAAGGAUCAAAUGAAAGAAGGGGUAUGGAAUCAUUUUGGAAACUAAAUCAUUCCCCAGGGUCUGACCGAUACCUGGAAAGCCGGGAAGCCUCUCGACUGAGUAGCCGGGACCCCUCCUCAUGGACAGUCGAGGAUGUGAUGCAGUUUGUCCGGGAAGCUGAUCCUCAGCUUGGACCCCAUGCUGACCUCUUUCGAAAACAUGAGAUCGAUGGCAAGGCCCUGCUUCUGCUGCGCAGUGACAUGAUGAUGAAGUAUAUGGGUCUAAAGCUGGGGCCUGCACUCAAGCUCUCCUUCCACAUUGACCGGCUGAAGCAGGGCAAGUUCUGAACAGGAGGCACAGCCUAGACAACGGAGUGGUCGGGCAGAUGGGGCAUUUUUCUCCUUGGAAGAAGGCUACCAGCCUGCUCCUAGGCACCUCACUGGAGCUCAGGCCACUCCAGGACUCCAGGAGGCUAUGUGGAGCCACCACUGCUACCCCCACCCCUCUUGCCAUGAUGAGUCCUUCCAUGAAGGACCAAGGAGGGGCAAAUAUGGGCCUGGGGCUGGCGCUGCUCUUCCCCUCAGCCCUGCCAUGGCUCUGAGGUCCCCUCUAUUUAUUUUUUAAGCCCAGCUAUCCUCUCACCAGGAAUUUAGACUGAGCACCGUCCAAGUGGCAGAGGAAGAGCCCUUGGACCCCCCCUACCCUGCCGCUCUCCUCCUGGGUUUGGUGUGGCAUCCCACUGCCCCACAGUGCCUGCCUUCCCACCAGAUCCCAGACUCCACAAACUCAUGGUGCAAACCUUUACCUUUUUUAAAAAAGAUCUUUUCUUAUUGCUAAUUUAUUGUUUCUGGACUUGGGCAGACACUCUGGGUAAUACUUCUCUUGCACCAGACACUGGGUUUUGAGAGUAGGGAUACUACCCUGCCCUGGUCCCAGAGAGGCCCCCAAUGGGUGUAGCCCCUUUUCAGAGGACACUGCCUAGGGUGCUUCUCUUUGGAAUGGACAGACCCACGUGCUCCCAUGGGGAGGAGAGGGUCAUACUGUCUGCCUCUCUCUGCCCCCAGUGGGCCAUUUGUAGCUCCAGCCCUCCUGCGGGAUGGGAGCUCUCCCACAUGGUCUCCACCACAGUUCCUUACCCUCACCAGAACUGCUGCAGAAGAUUGGGUCUAAUGAUUUUAGGCCAAAAAGGCCCUGUGGUUGGGGGAGGGUCUCUAGGCUGGAAUGUUUGCCUCCUCGAUGUCCUGUGCUUCCUUGUAAGCAAGUCAGCAGCUCAGCUGCUCCUGCUGCCAUCUGGACUUAUUUUAUGUCAAUUUGUUUAUAAAUAAAAACCAAUACAGAUGCCA